AUGCAUCAAGAAAUCCCCAUAGAUUCAGCAGGAUGUUCACAGGAAGAGGCGAUGCCUGAGGUCAAUGUAGAUCAUGUUGUUCCCCCACUGCUCAAAUCCUUUUUUAAGAGGUUGACAGCAGUGCAGUGGGAAUCGUUGAAAGCAGGCAGAUGUGAAGGCUACACUUCAUUCAUGCUGAUAGACCUGACUUUGAACAUAAUAAGGGACUUGGCACAAGCCAUCGGUAAUUCUCUUGAGAACACAGCUGAUGUGUCUGAGGACCUGGUUAAAUCCAUUCUUGGCGACACAAUCUCUGAGAGUUUUGCCAAAGUUCUGUACGUUGAGGACCCAGUCCAGUGUCCUAGCUCAGCAGUGUUAACAGGCUUGAUCGCCAGAGAAGUUGCAGUCAAAGUCCAAAAUCCCAUGGACAUUAACAACGAGAAUACUCCAGCCACAGUUAGCGCGAUGGUUAUUCAUAGCUGCAAAAUGUGUAAGGCAUUCAUAGGCAAGAUGGAAGCAGUGUUCGCACCUCGAUCCCCGAACCAGAGAACAAGUCUGACCACCUCCCAAAAACCAACGGUGGAACCAGAACCAUCAGACGCUGAUGACCACCCUGAGUCACCAACUUAUGAAUCAGAAGAUUCAGACGCUGAUGACCAUCCUGAGUCACCAACUCAUGAAUCAGAACCAUCAGACGCUGAUGACCAUCCUGAGUCACGAACUCAUGAAUCAGAAGAUUCAGACGUUGAUGACCACCCUGAGUCACUACCUUAUGAAUCAGAAGAUUCAUACGCUGAUGACCACCCUGAGUCACCAACUUAUGAAUCAGAAGAUUCAGACAGUGAUGACCACCCUGAGUCACCAACUCAUGAAUCAGAAGAUUCAGACAGUGAUGACCACCCUGAGUCACCAAUGAAGAGACGACUGGAACCUUCAGACACUGAUUCGUGGUCAUCCUCAGACACUAAUGGGUGGCCUCUGCCAUUGAUGUCUGAGGUUUCUGAUUCAGAAAGCUCUGAGGAACCAGAGAUCACAACAGAGCCCGUGCUUGAGAUUGCAAGGAUCCAAUCUGUUGCAGAAGUACUGAGGAAUGAGUUGAAUGAGAUCAUUGAACCUUUCUUGGAUGACGUACCAGACUUUGAGUAUGAGCUGCUGCAAUCUCAAAGCUCUCAGGAGAUUGAAGAUGUUGCAGAAGACAUUGUUCGGACUCUUGCUGUGGACAUGAUGGAGGCAACAAAUCCUGCAGACUCAAAUCAAACAGAGAAAACGCACAAGAACACGCCCAAAAAAAUUGGAAGAAAAAUCAGAACGUUAUUGUCAAACAACGUUUGCAAAGCAUGUGUCCAUAGUUUGAUGGCACAAAUGAAUGAGCAAUUCCCCCAGUACGCCAAAGUUGCAACCAGGAAGUCAGUGCAGUCACACACAGAGGAGGUUUACUUUCUGCUUAAAAAACGAGUAAAAACAAACGAUCGUCUUCAACUCGCUCCAAACAAACCCAUCCCCAGUGGUCAAGUCGUGAAACUCAGAGAGGAUAUAGUUGAUCUCCUCUACAACCACAUGGUAGAUGAGCCCAGGCUUUGCAGACAAGGGCCAGUUCCUCAGAAAAAUGCUGCCAUGUUUGCUGAGUUACAGAAGAGAGUGGCAGAUCUCCUGGCAAUGUCCAGAUGGUGGCAGACGUUUCAGACCUUCAUGCCCAGUGAAAGGGCUAGACGUGCCAUCAUGGGCACUGAGCCAGAAUGGACCAGCAGCAUCAAGGUGAACGAAGCUUUGGCAACUGCUGCAAAGCCUUGCCCAGUAUCUGUGAAGACACGUGACGGCUCUGCGCAGGAUGCCACACCGCGUAAAGAAAUGCAAAAAAAAGCCAUAGAGAUAUUCAUGGGGCAGCUGCUUUUGCGGAUAUUGGAGAAAGCAAGAAUCAAGUAUACCUGCACAAACACCAACGAAAUGGUUGAGAGCCUGAUAGAAAGAACAUGGGCCGAAGUCCAGGAGGUAGAUUUUGAAAUCACCCCGGAAACGUUCAAAAACCUUGACAAGACCAUUUUCCAGGACCUCCUUAAGAAGUGGGGCAGUGCAGAAGGGGUGCUGGUCUCCUUGAAAUUGGGUGAACUAGAACUUGGAGACCACAUUAUCUACCCUCUCAAAUCUCACCUGAUGAAACCACCCAAACAGAGUUGUUCCACCUGUAGGUUCUUCUCCUCUUUGGGCAGAGCUUUCUCCAGUGUCUGCAGAUGUAUGUGUGGACGGGGACGGGUUGGUGUUAUGUAGGUGAAAGGUAACGUGGGUUUUCUCCGGGCGCUCCGGUUUAUCCCAAAUACAGAGAGUUCAGUGAAUUAAUUUAGUAUUCAAAAAGGGUUUUUCCUUCAAAAGGAAUGCAAGGGCUUGAGCUCUCAGGACCACGUCUGUGGAGAAUGGAGAAUGUUCUCCCACAUUCAGUGCAUAUAAUCAUCUAAUGAGUGAUUCAAUAAAAUAAAAAUAAUAAUAAUACA